CCACUGCUCUCCCUGUGAGUCACAGAACAUGGUGGAGAGCAGAGAGGAGGGGGAGGGCAGGAGCCCGGCACGUUAAGUUGAGGGGUGACACCCACCCCAUUGAUCCCCCUGUAAUAUGGCCCGCUGGAUACCCACCAAGAGGGAGAAGUUUGGAGUGGCCAUCUACAAUUUCAAUGCAACGCAGGAGGAGGAGCUAAGCCUACAGGUGGGAGACACAGUACAGAUAGUGGAAUCUUAUGAAGGAUGGUAUCGUGGAUUUACGUGGAGGAACAAAUCGCAGAAGGGGAUAUUCCCAGCUUCAUAUAUUCAUGUAAAGGAUAAUGGAGAGGAUAAAGGGAUUCAUGACCAUGUGGUACACAGCGAGCUACCCUUGGUACAGGAGCUUACUGCCACCCUUCGGGAAUGGGGAGCACUGUGGCACAUGCUGUAUGUGUACAACGAGCGACCAAAGUUCACACAGGUACAAGACAUGAUGUCCCAGUUGAUGGAAUGGCGCUCACAGAUCAUGUCUGGGACUUUACCCAAGGAUGAUUUGGGCGAACUCCGCAAGAAAGUGACAGCAAAGAUAGACUAUGGGAAUAGGGUGUUGGGAUUGGACCUGGUGGUUAGAGCCGAGAAUGGGAACAUUCUGGACCCUGAUGAAACCAGUGUGAUUACCUUGUAUCGUUCUCAUGAGUCUGCUUCCCGACGGAUUGAUGAGCGGAUCCAAGAGGAGACGUGUCAUCUUCAACCACUGGAUUCAUGGAGUCCUGCCAUGCUUCAUGCUGCUCACACGUACAGCUUGUACGUGAACCUUAAGAACUUUGUAUGUAACAUGGCAGAGGAUGCAGAGUUGCUCAUGUCCCUCUAUGAUCCGGACAACUCCCGCUUCAUCAGUGAGAAUUACCUUGUUCGUUGGGGGAGUUCUGGCAUGCCAAAGGACAUUGAUAAAUUAAACAACUUGCAAGCUGUGUUUACUGAUCUCAGUAGUCUGGAUUUAAUUUGUCCCCGGAUCAGUCUUGUAUGUCAAAUUGUGCGCUUGGGACACAUGGAGCUGAAGGAUGGGAAAAAGCACACAUUUGGCUUAAGGCGGCCUUUUGGAGUGGCAGUGAUGGAUAUCUCAGAUGUGAUUCAUGGGAAGGUGGAUGAUGAGGAGAAGCAGUAUUUUGUUCCUUUUCAGCAGAUGUCCAAGGAAACUUAUAUCAGUCAGCGGCAGCUCAUCAUGUCUCCUUUGACCUCCUCACGUGCAAUUGCAGAGAAUGAGCCGCUGACUGCCAUCUACAACAAGGUGAUCGCGGCCAAAGAAGUGAACCACAAGGGGCAGGGAUUGUGGCUUUCCCUCAAGCUUCUACCAGGGGACUUGGUUCAGGUACAGAAGGAAUAUUCUCACUUAGUAGACAGAUCAACGGCAGUGGCUCGAAAAAUGGGUUUCCCAGAGAUCAUUUUGCCUGGAGAUGUUCGAAAUGACAUUUAUGUCACUCUGAUCCAGGGGGAGUUUGACAAGGGAAAGAAAAAGACACCAAAAAAUGUGGAAAUUACCCUGUCGGUGCAUGACCAAGAUGGUACAUUGGUUGAGAAAGCCAUACUUCCUGGUGCUGGGCAUGAGGGGAUGGCCGAAUAUAAAUCUGUUGUAUAUUAUCAGGUCAAGCAGCCAUAUUGGUAUGAAACAGUGAAGGUCGCAAUUCCUAUUGAAGAUGUCAGUCGCUGCCACCUCCACUUCACAUUUCGACACCGGUCUUCUCAGGAAUCUCGUGAUAAGUCUGAAAAGGUGUUUGGAAUGGCUUUUGUCAGGCUGAUGAAUCCAGAUGGAACCACCUUACGAGAUGGAUUUCAUAACCUGAUCAUUUAUAAGAGCGAUGGCAGAAAAUCUGAUGAUGCGAAGCUGUAUUUGAUGCUCCCCAGCAGUGAAGAGGAAGAGGGACGAUUCCCAAAAAUGCACUCCCCUGGUAUACCCUCUAGUAAAGAUAGCUUCCAGAUAAGCACCAUCAUCUGUUCUACCAAACUUACUCAGAAUGUGGAUUUGCUUGGGCUUUUAAACUGGCGCUCCAACCCUAGACCUGUAUCUCAAGCUCUACGCAAAUUGAUGGGAGCAGAUGGUGGAGAAAUCAUGAAGUUCUUGCAGGACACAUUGGAUGCUCUUUUUAAUAUUAUGAUGGACACCCCAGAGAAGGAGAACUGUGAUACUCUAGUGUUUGAUGCUCUGGUGUACAUAAUUUCUCUGAUCGCAGAUAUAAAAUUCCAGCACUUUAACCCUGUCCUGGAGACCUACAUUUCAAAGCACUUCAGUACAACACUGGCUUAUGAGAAGUUGAUCAAAGUCCUUACGUGGUACGUGCGAAGCGCAGAUGACCCAUGUCGCCGUGAGAUGCUCUUCUCUUCCCUCAAGGCAAUUAAAUACCUGUUCAGAUUCAUUGUCCAGUCACGAGUCUUGUAUCUCAGGUUUUACGGUCAGAAUGAAGGCAAAGACCAGUUCUACAACUCUAUUCGUCAGCUCUUCUUGUCAUUUAACGAACUAAUGGACAGACCGCUUGAGGAGGCCGUGAAGAUUAAGGCAUCUGCUCUAAAAUAUCUUCCGGGCAUUAUAAACCAACUUAAAGGGGUGUUUGAUCCAGUGGAACUCAGUGUCCUGUUUGCUAAGUUUAUGCAGAGUGUCCCCGCAGACCAACUUAUUCAUCAGACACUAACGUGUAUGUGCAAAGUUGUGGAGAGUGACCUUUUCCUACUGCCAGAGUGCAGAGAUAUCCUACUGCCUCUCCUCACUGACCAACUAAGUGGACAACUGGAUGAUAAUUAUAACAAACCUGACCAUGAAGCAUGUGGGCUGCUCCUUAGCCACAUGCUGGACGUUCUGCAUAGCAAGGAGGUGGGAGAAACAUCAGCACACAUCCAGAUGAUCACAGAGCGCCUGCUUCGAAGAGUUAACAGGACAGUGAUAGGAAUGAGUCGUCACUCUCCACACAUAGGCCGUUUUGUAGCCUGCAUGACUGCUAUUCUAAGACAAAUGGAUGAUUACCAUUAUGACCACUAUACUAGUACCUUUAGGACUCGCCAAGAUAUCAUCGAUUUCCUGAUGGAAACAUUUAUAAUGUUCAGAGAUCUGAUUGGGAAGAGAGUUUUUCCCAAAGACUGGAUGCUGAUGACAAUGACGCAGAACAAGGUUUUUCUUCGUGCAAUGAACAGAUUUUCUUCUGUUCUGAACAAGCUAUUCCUAGACGAGGCAAACUUUGAGCUGCAGCUUUGGAACAACUUCUUCCAUUUGGCCGUGUCUUUCCUCACACAUGAGUCGUUACAGCUUCACAAGUUCUCCCAAGAAAAACGGCGCAAGAUCCUCAGCAAAUACGGCGAUAUGAGGAAAGAGAUUGGAUUGAAGAUCAGGGACAUGUGGUAUAAUCUGGGCCCUCACAAAAUUAAGUUCAUUCCUUCAAUGGUUGGUCCCAUUCUAGAGGUGACUUUGACCCCAGAGCCUGAUCUUCGCAAGGCAACAAUACCCAUUUUCUUUGACAUGAUGCAGCAUGAACAUAACUUCAGCGGGAACGGACACUUUCACAUGUUUGAGAAUGAACUGAUUACACGUUUGGAUCAGGAGGUUGAGGGAGGGCAAGGAGAUAAACAGUACAAAGACCUUCUGGAAAAACUGUUGCUGGAACACUGUCGAAAACACAAGUAUCUUUCUGGUUCUGGGGAGGUGUUCACGGUUCUUGUGAGCAGCCUUCUAGAGAAUCUGCUGGAUUAUCGCACAAUCGCCACUGAUGAGAGUGAAGAAAACAAGAUGAGCUGCACUGUCAAUCUGCUGAAUUUUUACAAAGAAAAGAAGCGAGAAGAUAUUUAUAUCAGGUACCUGUACAAACUUCGGGAUCUGCACCUGCAUAAAGAGAAUUACAAUGAGGCAGCUUACACUUUAAUGCUACAUGCAGAGCUAUUGCAGUGGUCAGACAAACCGUGUGCCCCUCACCUUCUGCAGAGAGAUAGCUACACUGUGUAUACACAGCAAGAGCUAAAGGAGAGGCUGUACCAUGAGAUCAUAUCUCUUUUUGACAAAGGAAAGAUGUGGGAGCAGGCUAUUAUACGGAGCAAAGAGCUGAUUGAAUUGUAUGAGAAUCAGAUAUUUCACUAUGAGGAACUUAGUGGCCUCCUGAAUAAGCAAGCCUGCUUCUACCAGAACAUCAUGAGGUCCUUGAGGUUGCAGCCUGAGUACUUUGCUGUGGGGUAUUAUGGGCAAGGAUUCCCCUCCUUCCUUCGGAACAAAAUUUUUAUUUAUCGUGGAAAGGAAUAUGAACGUCUGGAUGAUUUCAACCUUUGGCUCCUCACACAAUUCCCCAACGCAGAGAAACUUUCCAGUAGUUCCCUUCCUGGAGAUGACAUCAGAAACUCAGCCAAGCAGUAUGUACAGUGUUUCAGUGUCAAGCCUUUGAUGAACCUCCCACCUCGUUACAAAGAGAAGUUGGUUCCAGAGCAGAUUCUCGGUUAUUAUCGAUAUAAUGAAGUGCAGAGUUUUUCCUACUCCAGGCCAAUUAGGAAAGGAGAGAAAGACCCAGACAACGAGUUUGCGACCAUGUGGAUUGAAAGGACUACUUUCAGCACUGCAUAUAAACUACCUGGGAUCCUAAAAUGGUUUGAAGUCAAACACUUUCAUACGGAAGAGAUCAGCCCCCUGCAGAAUGCCAUUGAGACAAUGGAACUGACCAAUGAGAAGAUAAGUCAUCAGGUCCAGCAGCACAGGGCUGACCCGAGUCUCCCUCUGCACCCAAUAUCCAUGCUUAUUAGUGGCAUUGUGGAUCCUGCUGUCAUGGGGGGAUUCUCCAACUAUGAAAAGGCUUUCUUCACAGAUCACUAUCUCCAUGAUCAUCCGGCAGACCAGGAUAAGAUAGAGCUGCUAAAAGAGCUAAUUGCUCUGCAGAUGCCCCUUCUUGCUCAAGGUAUAGCAAUCCAUGGGGAGAAGCACACUGAGAACCUUCGACCCCUCCACGAGAGACUUGUGUCCUGCUUCCAGAAUCUCAGGAAAAAAGUUGAAAAGCUCUAUGGGACAAUAACCCUGCCUUCCAGUUUGACGGACAGGAAAUUGAGUCGUGCUGGGUCUGUAGUUGUUCCAUACAUCACAUCAGCAACUCUCAGAAGGUUGUCCACAGUUUCCUCCUCGUCCUCAGGGAGUGGUAGUAGCAGCUCUAGACCAGCUUCUGAAGUAUCCAUCCCUGACCAUGUUCCUCCCAGACGAGGAUCCCUAAUCUCUCGACUGGAAGAUCCUAAUGACCGAGAAGAUAGUGAUGUCCGUGGAUUGAAGCUGAAGCGUAAUGUGAGCCAGUCACAAGUGAUAUCUGAACAUCAUAGGGAGAAGGAGAUCAACUCCCAUAGCUCAUCCUUCAAGUCUCAGCGCCCAAAAAGUCUGCAGUUAUCAGAGGGACGACUGUCACUCCACUCUGGAUCACUCAAUCAAGUAGUAUCAAUGCAGGGUCCUCAGCCUAUCACCCCACGGACUCCAAGAACUCAUAGUUUUCCAUCCCUUUCUACUCAAGGUAGUAUAACUGAGCAGGUUAUGGAACCUCCUCCUCCACCCCCUCCCAAAAGCAGACCUCAUGAGGGCAGUCAACGAUUUUCAUUAGAGAUUCCACCCCCAUUACCACAGCGUGAAGAAUCAAAACCACCAACGCCUCCACCAAAAGUUAGAAAACCUAGUAUAAUCCAGGAGCCUGGUUUGUGAUGGUCCAUAACACAAGAGUUCCAGAAUCCUGUGGGCUGUAUCUCCAGUUUGUCAGUCUUGUGGUUCUUUCCACCAGUGUUCCAGAGCCUUGUGGGCUAUAUGAACGGGAUUCCAGACAAUUUGUCUGAUAGGUCAUGCAGCACCAGUUUAACAAGGUUCAAGCAUUGUGUGAAUAUCCAUCUGAAGACUAGUAAAUAUUUAUUUCUGCAGAGCUUUGUCCUUGUGUUACAGGAGCACGUCUAAAUUAUGUAAAUAUGAUCUCAUGGAAAAAAGCUAAUUAUGUAAAAGGACUAUCCUUGCUUAUUUAGUUAUAUCUAAAACCACACUUACUAUGCUGGACACUAGCAUGUGGUCUCCUACAAGAAGGGAGCAGUUAACAUUGGCUAACGCUACAAUAGAGACCACCGUUCGAGUCUCAAAAACAAUAUUGCAUCAGGAGUCUUGAUUAUAUAUUGUUUCUAGUGCAGAAAGUAACUUAAUUGGAGCAACUGUUCUGUGUCUCAUACAUCUAAACCUUCAUUAUCAGUCUGUCAGUGUUUGUGGGUCACUUUGCUCAUAUUCUGGCAAUUUUAGAAUUAGACCAAAUUUUGUUUUGACUGAAUUAAUCAAUUCAUUGGACUCGCAAUGCUAAGCAUGUUUAUCUCUCUCAAAAUACCUUUUGUUUUCCUGUUUUAACUCUAUUCUUACAAUGUUCUUACUAGUAAUCAAUUGUAAUUAGAAACCCUUAUCUGUGCAAACAUGUAAUUCCUCCCACUGCAUUGACCCCAAAAAGAUAGCACUAGCACAGAUUUACCCUCAAAUACCUGCACUUCUUCACUCCCAUACUGUAAAUGUAAAUUGACUAAGCUCAUGUCCCUACUACACACUCACCAUAUGGUGUCCGAAUAUUACAAGAUGAAAACAAAACAGCACUAACACCACAAAAUGUAAAAAAAAUUAAAUUAAAAACUAUGAAAGCAGUGUGCAUAUUAAUGUGUGCACACACACACACUGCAAAGAUAAUUGCUCUCAUUUUUAAAUUUAAUUUUAAUGCAGUACAAUGCAGAAUGGAGGCUACACCCCUUAUUUAUUUAUUCCUGGACUAGAAGCUCUGAAAGUGGUUAGCUCUGAGAAGACUGAUGGAAGUAUGUAGGGCCAUUUCUAGGGCAAGAUUAGGGCAGCUAUUCUGGGACAAAGUGCUACAUCUUAUGAGAGAUUCUGACGGCUUCCAUAGUGACUCCCCCAUAUUUAACACAUUGCCCCCGGAAUAAUUCCUGUUUUUGCUCUGUUAAAUAUGACUCUUACAGAAUCCCAUGCCUCCACGCAUGGUUUUUGUUUUAGCAUGCCAGUUCUAAGAUAUUGUCCUGGUCAUGCAGCAGUUAUGUUCUGUUAAUGCCUCUCACCAGACUGAUUUUAUAUUAGUAGCAGUUUUUAUUGUUAUAUACUGUCAUGCAGGAAGUAGGUGUGAGUGAUGUGUAUGUAAAACCUUUGGCACAAUUAUUAUGAUCCUGUUUCUUUUGAAGAUCAUGAUUAGCUCAGUGUAAUGAGAAACAUAGUAUAGUGAAGGCCAACUAUUGGCAUUCAAGAUUGUGUGUUUGGUUCAAAAAUAAAUGAUGCCUUCCUGGAGUAAUAGAAUUGAGACUUAACUGCAGGUGCUUUUAAAAAGUUAGAGAGAUAGAUACAUGUCUUUACAAAGAGUGAUUACCAUAAUCAGUAAAUACCUUUUAAUAAUCUGUAUAUUGGUUUAAGACAUGUCCCUUACCUCAUUUCUUAACUUUACGUUUUGUUUUAGAUUGUUUUAUGUGCUUACCAGCUUUUGAGCCUGAUACAUGUCCUGCUAACUCCAUUCCUAAAUGCCAGGACUAUGUCAGAACCAAGACGUCCCAUUACCUCACGUUGUGUUCACAUAGGUGCCUUAGAGACAGUUAUCGGUGAUUGGCCUUGUUGCCAUACCAAUUAUGGAGGCUGCUUUUCUUGGCAUUUUGUUUAAGAUACAUUCCUAAAUUUUAUCCCGUCAGGAAUUGUAGCCCAGCAGUAGAUUGGUGGGACUAAAGUUUUAUAUGCCUUCAUUAGAAGGAAGGUCCUGUUCGAAUAGGCCUUUUUAAAUACCCUCUUUUGGGGGCGGGGUAAUUAACCAUUUUCCUAGAAUUAUUUAUAUUGAUUUUGGCUCCAGUUCCAAGAAGCCAAGAAAGCAUUAGUUUUGUCCCAUGGCAGCAAAAAGAAAAAUACACAAUAUUCCUCAAGAGAAGAUAUACAAUGUAACUAUACUUAAGAAUUACACCUAUGCAUAGGAUAUAGUGAAUUCCUGUACAGAUUGCAUUCACUUUACCUGAAACAAAAAUUUAAUGGCUUCAGAGUGAUAAUACUUUAAACUACAACUUUGUAUCGUUGCUGAGCAUCUGGGAAUUCUGUGAAAUUAUCUAAUUUAGCACUUCCUGCUCAUAUACAGCUAUCUAUGACCACUAAUCACAAAUCAUGCUAGCAUGUUGGUCUUGUUGAAGGAUGCUCACGUUCUUCUUUUUGCCACCGUUCAGUGAUUCCACAGUUAAGAUACUUUAAAGAUGGCUGCUGAAAAGGAAUGCCUAGGCAUCAAACAUUUGAGGAAACCUUAGGCUUGGCAGCUUUACUUUGGAAAGAGGAGCCAUUUAUUUAGCAAAAUGUAAAUAUGCGCUGUAAUGUACAUAUAAGGUACAGUUUGACAUUAUAAUUAUAUGCUGUGUAAGGCGUUUGGUUGCAUUGAACUCGUAACUACCUGCCUCAUGUAGUCUUUAAAUUUACCAGGUACCUAAUGGAUGUUGUGACAAAAAAAUGUAUAUUCAUCAGUGGUACAAAUACAGGCAAAAGAGAGGUCAUAGCUACUAUUAGCUUAAUCUUUAUGCAGAUAUUAAAGUACAACUGUGGUUUUAGGGUAUCUGCAUGAGCGUCGUUUCUAUAGGACAGAGAAUAUCACCAACGUAUUAUUAUUGUUAUUUAAUAAACGCCAAUAGACCAAUCAUUGUACUCCUGGUUGCAGUAAACUCCAUUUGCUAGCUAAGCAUGAUGGGAAUUGUUGGCAAAGCAGCGUGACUGUCUGAAGCUGCCUUUCACUGCUACAGAGACCAAAGUGAUCCUUCAACAUUCUGCCUUGUGACCAAUUUUCUUUACAGGCAAUUAUUGUGUUUUUAAUGUAAGCAUAUGUGUGAAUUAAUAUGUAUGUAUGUCAUAUAUAUAUA